AUGGCUCUCCCUCAAGGCGCUGACGUUGUCAUAACCCUCUCCGAUGAUGAGAGCAUCGCUAGCGCCGACUCUUCCAGCAUUUUCUCUACUGAUUCCUCAGACGAUUCUUCGGACAGCAGUGUAUCGGACAACGAAUCCGACAGCGACAGUGAUGACUCGGACGACGACGACGACGACGACGAGGAGGAGGAGGAGGACGAGGGUGAACUCUCUCGGGAAGAAUACUUGGCCAAAGCGGAGCAGCUCGAUUUGUCUCAGCUUCGACAGAAGCGGUACAGUGACGGUACUCAGGACAAACUGGACGAGACCCGCCAGUAUUGGGAUAGGUUCUGUCGUCGUAUUGGUGUUGACCCUGCGCGGCAGUGGCAAUGGAUUUCGGACUCAGAUGAAACAGUGCGUUUCUUGUACGCCUUCUUCGGCUGGCGGUGUGACAUCCGCCGAGGCAAAAACGGUCGACACUGCCCUGGUAUUAAGCGCAAGAGCUCACUGGAAUCAUUCUGGAAAUGGUGGCAUCUGGUUCUGAAGCAAGAGAGUGAGACUCUGUCGGGACUGAGCAAGGACAUCAUGAUUAAAGUCGACGAUAUCCUUGCGUUGGUAGCCGAGGAGAAACACUUGGACUGCACCAGGCGGCUCAAAAAGAAUAUGUACAUUGAAGAUGUCGCCGAGUUCGCCUCUGUCGUCCUGUCCACUACAGAGAUGACCUUUCAAUGUGGCUGGCAGCGAAUCCAACUUCUUCUCUUCACUCAACUCGCCGCGUACACGGCAAGUCGUCCCGCGGCCCUCCUACACCUUCGCUAUCAGAAUCUGGGACUCAAGUUCAUCCGUGAUCCGGAAGGAGGACGCCCGAAGCUGAUUAUCUUUUUAAAACCGGAGUUUACCAAGAGAUUUCUGGGAACCAAAGCUCCGAACGAGUACAAGAUUCCUGAAAUCAUCUUCGAUCCCAGCCUGGUCCUUAGUCCGCAUGUCUGCCUGCUCAGUAUGCUCUUUCACAUCAAGGGCUUCAAACGGCUUUCCAAGACUGGUCCAGUGCUGGAUUGUGCAGAGAAACUCUAUAGCCUCCGUGUUCUGGAUGGCUUAGGUGAACAGCCAUUGCUACUUAACACACUUUUAGAUGAUAAAUAUGUGUUCUGUCAGGUCGACCGGGAAACAACUGGAUGUCGAAUCGCCCUGGACAAGAGAAUGACAGCGUCGAUGGUACGAUCUCAAAUGCGUCUAGCCGGCCAGAUCACCGGUUUUGAUCAGGUGAUCAAGCCCUAUCUUCUUCGAUAUGCAGGAGCCAAAGCUUUUAAUAGCAGCAAGGAGAUUACGGACGCCCUCCAAAACGUUAUGCUACAGCACUCUGAUAUUCGCACAUUCAUCCGACACUACGAGGUGGAUGUUGAUGUUGACGCCCAGGGUAUUGUCCGGAAGACGGGUUCUCAAACCCCGUUGGUCCGAUUUGCUUGCUCACUGAGCGCAUCGAUCGACCCAAAUCGUCCGUAUCGGCUGUCUACCGAAGAGGCACGGUCCCUCAAUGAGCUCCCUGCGAUUUGCACACGGCAAGAUACCGUCAUCAGAUGGAAACAAAAGUGGGAGAACCGCAAAGCCAAGUUAGAACGUCUCAGUAUAGCGUGUCAAGCCAAAGGCACUCCACUCCCAAAACGCUAUCGGAAGCUACAGGCAAAGUUGGACCUUGCUCAGGAUCAGGUGCUGGAAGCAAAGCGGAGGUAUAACAAAGCGGUUCGUGCACUGAAGAACGAGAAGCAACGACAGAAAAAUCGACGGAUUCGAGAAAACCUAAAACGCUAUCGGGAAGAACAACCCGUGAUCGACGUGGAAUGUCAACUGGCAGGAAUGAUGAUUGGCACGAAGGUCCGGGAGACCUUGGAGCAUCAAAACGCCAUGUCCGCGCAGCAUCUGAGAUUGAUUGAGCGCAUGAUGACCGUACCUGGGAAAACUCUGGAAGCCGAGUACCAGCGGCGGAUUCAAGCCAUUGAUGCGGGUACUGCGUAUUGCGGUGUGGAAGAAGGCAGGCCCACGCGUCGAACCAUCCAACCUCGCCGACCUCCACCGGAUGAUGAGGAGAGCUCCGGUCCUGUUGCUAAACGACCACGGUGCUCGGUGGAAGAAAAGACCGAUAAUGCUCUAAGCCGUGCGAUUAAGUCGGUGAUUAUCACGGAGAAAAGCCAAAGACCGGUCGUUUGUUUUCUUUGCGUUGGAAAUCCGCAGCUACCCAUGACGGAGCGAAUCAAGGAGUACAAGAACUCCGGAUCUCUCACCCGACACUUUCUGCGAAAGCAUGCCAAACCCGCUUGGACCAAGAUGAUUCGAUGCAAUGUGUGUAACACUGACCUGGAACACAAGAUGGCUCUUAUGAGCCACGCUGAAUUGAAGCAUGGAACUGUGUCCCGAUCCUCCCCUUCAGCACUUGGACUAUAG